CACGCGAGAUCAAGCCCUGGCUUGGUCGAGGUAUCCCUAGCUCAGACAGAGUAGCACUCACUCUUCCCUUUUGCUGGAACAAGAAAGGAAAGGUUCAUGGAUCGACGUGAACUGGCCUGAUCUCUCCUCCUCUCACAAGAUAUAAACUCAUCUGCUCCCCCCCAUUUGACAUAGAUUUUCUCUCUGUCAAACUACCCACCGACAUUAUACCCAAACACUACUGCCAGACCAUAACGACGAAGGAUAUAUAUCCAAAUCCACCAACUAACUCAAUACUCACUUUAAUCACUCCAAUCAACCGAUACCAUGGAUUCCAGUGCUCCUCAGACUGCUCCUACUGGCAAUGUCAGCGGCCGUCGCCGAAGCUCAGGCUUCAUGCCAGCCUUCGCCAGCCUCAGCGAACAGAAGCGAGCCGGUGAUGCCAACGCCGCCCGUCGUGCGAGUAUGUCGGACCAACAAGCAAAGGGUGGCUUGUUCAGCCAGUUUUUCCACAACAACUUCGGCAAGAAUGCUGCCAAGUAAAUGAAAGGAGAAGAUGACAAGUUGAAAGCAUUGGCACUGUAUUAUUAGUAUCAUGGAUUGCGGGGUGUUUGAGCACUUGAGUAUUGUUUUGUUUGCUAUUGGUAAUUACCCAUAGUAGGUAGGCUCUAAGAUGUGAAGUCAGUUCAGAUAUUGGACCAGCUCAAAAUAAAAUGAUGUUUCCCAA